CGGGGGCCUGCGCGCUGUGGGCGCGGCGGCUCCGCGGGGGGGAGGUGAGGCCGCGCGGCGAGGCUGGGGCUCGGUUGCCACCUCCAGAUCGGGCCCGGGGCGGCGAGGGGGCCGCCGCGAUGCCAGGCGAGAAUAUCUUCCUGUUUGUGCCUAACCUCAUCGGUUAUGCCCGGAUUGUCUUCGCCAUCGUUUCUUUCUACUUCAUGCCGUGCUGCCCCCUCACGGCCUCCUCCUUCUACUUGCUCAGCGGACUUCUGGACGCUUUCGAUGGACACGCUGCUCGAGCCCUUAAUCAAGGGACCCGGUUUGGGGCUAUGCUGGACAUGCUGACGGACCGCUGCUCCACCAUGUGUCUGCUGGUCAACCUGGCCCUGCUGUACCCACGGGCCACCCUUCUCUUCCAGCUCAGCAUGAGCUUGGAUGUGGCCAGCCACUGGCUGCACCUCCACAGCUCUGUGGUCCGAGGCAGUGAAAGUCACAAGAUGAUUGACCUGUCUGGAAAUCCAGUGCUUCGCAUCUACUACACCUCCAGACCCGCUCUGUUUACCCUGUGUGCUGGAAAUGAGCUCUUCUACUGCCUCCUCUACCUGUUCAAUUUCUCCGAAGGACCUUUAGUUGGCUCUGUGGGUCUUUUCCGAGUGGGCCUCUGGAUCACCGCCCCCAUCGCGGCGCUCAAGUCCCUCAUCAGUGUCGUCCACCUGGUCACAGCCGCCCGCAACAUGGCAGCCCUGGAUGCGGCUGACCGCGCCAGGAAGAAGUGACCCCGGAACCUCCAGCCCCUGGCCGCCCACCUGCCCUGGGAGUCUCGCUGGGCUGCGCGGCUUCCCUCCCCCUCCCGCGAGGUCCCAGGCUCACGUCUCCCUAAUGUGUUGUCCGGCCUGCUGGGAAGAGGGUCAGCCUCUUUGGUGAUGCCACGUUCUCUGAAAUCCUGAGGACCAGUCCCGUCCCCACCGCCGGGAUUCCCAAGGACCUGGACUUCGAAUCGGGAAGGAUGCUCAGGAGGCCCCACCCCUACAGGCAGUGCUCCUGGAGCAUCAGGAGGCCUGAGGACCCGCUGGGGUUGCACUUGCUGGCUCAGCCCAGGGAUCUGGCUCGGCCUGAGAUUUUAGGGACACUUGAGUGAGGAGUAGAGGCCGGGUUUCUCAAAAGGGAGUCAGACCUGUGCCACUGGCCGCAGGAAGCCUGUAGUACCACGGCCAGGAGAGAAGGGCCGUGUAAUCCUUUCCCAUCCCAGACUCCUGUGUCCAGUCUGUCCUGGCUGUGAAAACCUCUAGAAUAGGGGGUGUGCUGGGGGAGGGGCUUUAUGCUCCAGGACUUGGUUUCCUUUGAGAUACUGUUGGACCAGGGCCUCGUUCAGGGGAGCUGGGGAGAAGAGGAAGCUCCAUCUGGAUGCUUUUCUUCUAGUUGUUUACUGACCCGGCUCUGCCCUACGUGGCUUCCCACCCCCUCCUGUGAGGUCCCAGUCUCUCCUAAUUCCACCGUGACCUCAGAGAGAGGCCCUCCCUGCCACCCAAGCUCAUGCCCUGUCCUUGCCCACCUGCUUUAUUUUCUUUAUUACAUUGUCACUGGCUGUCUCGAUUUAUUUGGAUACCUCACAUUUUCCACCCCCACCAACGCUCUGAGGGGACAGACUUUUCUUGUUCCUUCUCUCUCCCCACCAUGAAGAUUAACCUUCACCUGGCAUAUCAUAUUAAUAAAAUUCAUGAACAGAUCA